AUGUCUGCGUCCAUGAGAGCCAGUUCGGCGCCAAGUUCACCGAAGCCGGAGCCAACACCGGACACCCGAGGUGACGUGGCAGAAGUGAAUUUUCAAGUCCCAGGAGAGAGCAGAAAGACACACCUUCCUCCUGUCAGCAACCAGAUCAUCCCAGAUGAACUGCUGGUCAGCCUCACUUCCACUGUCUGCAACAGCAGCACGCUGGGGCACACUGCACACCAUCGACACUGCAAGGGCUGUGGAAUCAGACGGCCGGAUGCAGUCUGGCAUCACCCGCUCGGACGCAACAAAUACAAAUACUUUCUGGAGCAGCCGACGUCCCUGACUGGAGCCGGCAGGGAUAUUUCGUUUCUGUGUGAUGCUAUGGUAAACCAGAGGAAGACAGCACCCCUCCCACCAUUGACUGACAGGCAUGGCAAUGGCAACACACAAGACUUGAGCAUCUCAGAAAGUCUGAUCCCGGAAGAAUAUCGCAUUGUGAAAAACAAAGGGCUGCAGAGCCUCGAGUUCUACGAGGAUGCAUUCACAGUGCAGCUGCAGGAUGAUGAGAAGAAGCUACGGGUCUUCCCUUCGCUGAGGCCCAGUGGCAGAAUGGAAGUGGUCCAGCUGAUGAGGAUGAUGGACGACAUGCUGGUGAAGGCUGGAGUGGAUCAGCAGAGUGAGGAGCUGACUGAGCUCUCCCAGAUGGAGGCUCUGCUGGAGCUGGUGCAGGUGGAGCAGAACAUCUACAACAUUGUUUUCCAUGAGCUGAUCAGGCAGGUCAGCGUGAGCUGUGCUGAGAGAGGACAGCUGCUUGCCAAACUCAGACAGCGCUACCAGUCCCUGUUCGAGCGAAUCCCCCGCCGUCUGAAGGCUCUGCACACUGAGGCAGUGGCGCAGCGAGCUCUGGACCGCCGGCUCACCGAGGAGAUUCUCCGCAUCAAGACGUCCAUUCAGCAGCUCAGCACCGAACUGUCCAGGAUCAGAGACCACGAUGCCUUUGUGUCCCAGCAGGCAGAGGACGCUCACCAGCAGCUGGCUGGGGCACUCGAGCAGACUCACACCAACUCAGAUGUUGUCCAGGGUUACCACGAGCUGUAUGAGCUGCAGAGGGGUCGUCUUGAGGCUCAGCUGCUCCAGAUGACUGAGGAGAGAGACUACUGGAGCCAGAUCACCCUCUGCCUGGCCCUCAAGGUGAUCAGUGUGAAGAAGCUGCAGCUGAUCAGUCGGCUGCAUAUCAGUGAACGGAGCUGGUUCAAGACAGCAGAGCACUGCAGCCUUUACCUCACUUCAAAGGACACAGAGGACCUGAAUGUCAUCAUGGAGCUUACAGACGACUGGAAAAAGCAACUGGCUGCAUUCACGUCCCAGCUGAAGAAGACUGAGCAUGCUCAUUGUGAACAGAUCGGUGCCAUCCAGCAAGGCAUCGCUGAGUGGAUCAACGUCUGCACCACAGAGAACAAGGGUCCUGACCCAAAAUAUGAGGAAGUGUCGCUGGAAAAGAUUCAUGCUGAUUUGAAGCAGUGGUCAAAUAUAUUGGCCCUCCAGUGUGAGUGCUACCAAGGUGAGAAGCUGCUUUGCUGCCAGCAGACACUGGCUGACCUUGGCUGUGUCCAGGAAAGAUGGCUGAAAAUGAGCCUUCAGCUGUUCAGAAGACACCCUUCUCCCGAUGGUGAACCCCCUGGAGGCCAGAAGGCCUUAAGAGAGCUGGACAGGGUUCUAUCUGGGCUCCUCAAGCGGCUCGACACGCAAGUCAGCGGAGAGAGUGGGAUCCAUGGACAGAUCACAGCACUGCUGGGGUUAGUGGAGUCCUGGAUUGCCAAGCUUGGUGCAGUGAUUGGUCGGCCAGGAAAGAUGUCCGUCUGUGAUUGGCUGAAACUGGAGAAGGCAUUGUGCAAUUGGCAGAGUUUGGCUGAAAAGGCCUUGCAGAACAUCUCCAGCAUGCAGACAGAGAGUGAAAACAAAAACAAGCACGACAUAUAUACAGAGACAGAAAACGCAUUAGACAAAGUGCAGGAGUUCAUAACCAGCCUGUCAAACUUUACUGAUGGUGAGAACCAGAGACUCAGUGAGGAGGUUAGUUCUAUUCAUAUGGCUCAGACCCGCUGGAUGUUGAAUCUGUUGCUCCACAUGGUACCUGACCAUAGUGAGGACCAGAACCAAGAACAAGAUAGGCACUCCAUUACAAACAUCUCAAUACAGACACUGGAUGAGGAUGCCAUGAAUCUGGCAGAGAAACUGGACUAUUUUUCCAGAUACAUCACCAGCUCUUGCAAGCUGAUUCUGGAGGAGCAGAUGCAGCAGAACCCACAUGAAGCCGAGGGUGAAAAUGAAAUGAAUGAGUGCAGAAAGCUGCAGACGGAGUGUAUUGAUUGGGUGGAGACCAGUAUAAUCCUGCUCUCAGGAGUGAAAGGUGGUCCUGUGGAGCUGCCUGUCAGACAGGCUGACCCCGCCUCCAGCAGUGAUGUCCCAGUCUCUCCAGCAGACAGCGUGGAGACUCUGGUGAAUGAAGGAGUUUCAGCAGAACCUGCAGCAGACAGUGAGGUCAAAGAUGCGGCAGAACAGAGAGAGGGGGAGCUAACGGUUUUCGAGAGCCCAGUGGUAAAGCUGAUCGGCUAUGAUGGAAACAUAACGCACAGAAAGCUGGGAGAGAGCAGUGUCCACCUGAAUGGGACUGAGGAGCUGGUUGUGUCUCCGCUGACAGAUGAAACCCAGAAAGCUUUUAGUGAUCUGACCACAGUGGGAUUACUGCAGCAGGAACUGCAUGAGUCAGAGCUGCGGGUCCAGAGUGCCGAGCACCGGGCCCUGAAGGCUGAAGAAGCCCUGCAGGCAGCUCUGGAGAAGAUUCAGGACCUGGAGAGACAACUGCAGGGUCGACCAAGUCUGGAGCCCAAAAGUAGUGAAGAAAAAAAGAAAACACCACCACCUACUCCACCACCAGUAACACCUCCAGCUCCUCCAAAGAAAAGCACAGCUGAAGUCAAACCAACAAGCAGCACCAAAAGGACCAAGAAACGGUGAUGUGACAUGUGAUCAGCAGGUGUUACACUUUAUAUAUAUCUAUGAGACCAACCACGUCUCACUUUUCGGGUUUUAUGUUUCGUGUUGCACUCCAUCACAGUCACCUCCAUUAAACCAUGAAAGGACACAGGAAACAAAAACAAGAAUGAAUCAUUCUCCAGUGCUGUAUAAAAGUAUAAAAUAUUUCCAGUAUUCAGACUAGUUGGCUGUUGUAUGAUAACGAAUACAGUGAUGUUACCAUUUACAUUAUGGCUUGCUGUGGUUAGUUUAACCUUGUGAUAUGUAUUUAACUCCAUGGCAGGUUUGUUUC